ACUACUUUCACACAGAGAAAACUUGGAGCUGAAGGUGUCCCUCUUUCAAUUUCCUCUUCUCUGUGUCCCUUUCCUUCUCUCCUGCACUCUCUUUCUCACUUUUCUUUCAACCCUAUCUCCCAAGCCAAGAAGAGCUACUGACUAGGGUGGCAGCCUGCAUGCUGGCACACUCACAGACCAUUCAGUAAGGAGAAAAAACACAGAAAUGUGCUGAUCUAGUGGUGCUGCUUCCUUACCGGACUGCAAGGCUGUGACGAGGAAGAGAGACCUGCACGGAAGCAGUCUGCAGAGAAGAACAAGGAGCCUUCCACUGACGACUUCUCCUGCCUCCUCAGGGCACAAAGGUGGGCUCAUAUUAAGGAGUGUUCUUCUUGCCUGCAAAGAACUGGGAUCCUAAGUAUAUUUCUUCAUCUGUUCCAGAAUAAGGAGCCUUAUUCCAUAUCAUAAGCCAACUCAUCUGAACUUUUCAUUGCCCAUCUGACAGCAAUUGCAUUCAUUCCAGUUGUGGUCGUUGUGCACUGUUUCAUUCUAUUAUUAUGUGCCUGUGAAGGUCCCUUGACUUGGACUAAGUCCUAAGCUGUGAUAUCCAGAGGGUCGUGUUGGAUGAAUUUAUCCAUGAGAGAUCCAGUGAUUUCAGGGUCAAGCAUGGCUUACCACCCAUUCCUAUCACACCGGGCACCGGACUUUGCAAUGAGCGCUGUUCUUGGACAUCAGCCUCCCUUUUUUCCAACUCUGGCACUGCCACCCAAUGGGGCUGCUCUAUCCCUUCCUGGUGCCCUAGCCAAGCCCAUCAUGGAUCAAUUAGUGGGUGCCGCAGAGGCUGGCAUCCCCUUUUCUUCUCUGGGUCACCAAGCAGCUUCUCAUUUAAGGCCUCUUAAAACGCUUGAACCAGAAGAAGAAGUUGAAGAUGAUCCAAAAGUUCAUCUGGAAGCCAAGGAUCUCUGGGAACAGUUCCACAAGAGGGGGACUGAGAUGGUCAUCACCAAAUCUGGGAGGAGAAUGUUUCCACCGUUUAAAGUCAGAUGCACAGGCCUUGACAAAAAAGCCAAAUACAUCCUUCUUAUGGAUAUAGUGGCUGCAGAUGACUGCAGGUACAAGUUCCAUAACUCCCGCUGGAUGGUGGCUGGCAAAGCUGACCCCGAAAUGCCCAAGAGAAUGUACAUUCACCCGGACAGCCCUGCCACAGGAGAACAAUGGAUGUCUAAAGUGGUCACCUUCCAUAAACUCAAGCUCACCAACAACAUCUCUGACAAACAUGGCUUUACUAUUUUGAACUCCAUGCACAAAUAUCAGCCCAGGUUCCACAUAGUAAGAGCGAAUGACAUUAUGAAACUCCCCUACAGCACAUUCAGAACCUAUGUGUUCCCUGAGACCGAAUUCAUUGCAGUGACUGCAUACCAGAAUGAUAAGAUCACACAAUUAAAGAUUGAUAACAAUCCUUUUGCCAAAGGCUUCCGUGAUACAGGCAAUGGAAGAAGGGAAAAAAGGAAACAACUGAGCCUCCAGUCCAUGCGAGCCUUUGAUGAGCAGCAGAAGAAAGAUAAUGGCAGCUCAGAUGAGUCCUCCAGUGAGCAGACUGCGUUUAAAUGCUUUGCCCAGACCUCUUCUCCAAACGCAUCCACAGUGGGCACUUCAAACCUUAAAGGCCUUUGUGACAGUGAAGGAGACAGCGAUGAUGAUAUUAAAGAUGAGUCCGCACAAGAUAUCGGGGACUCGGCCAAAAUUUCCACAACCACUGGUGAAAACGCUAAGGAGAUGAGGAGCCCCUCCAAGCUCUCUUUGUUACCAUCGGACCUGGGCAGCAGAGGCAGGGAGCAGAGUUUGAGGACUGGGAAGAGUUCUCCUGAUUCUAGGCACAGUCCGGGACAGAUUUCUUCUAGCAGUAGGGUCCUGAGUGUGGAGGACCUUAAGACCUCGAGUAGAGACUCACAUAAAGUGGACGACCCCAAACACUCAAAGGAGCAUUUCCCACCACUGACUGUACAGACAGAUGCCAGUUCCCAUCCUCUGACUCAAAGCCAUUUGCAAAACAUAGGAUUCCCUCCUGGUUUGACUGGGCAGCAGUUCUUUAACCCCUUGGCGGCUUCACACCCAUUGCUUCUUCACCCCAGUCAGUUUGCUAUGGGAGGAGCGUUUUCCAGCAUGGCGACUGGUAUGAGUCCUUUACUUGCCACAGUUUCAGGAGCUACAUCAGGCGUUAGCAGCAUAGACUCUACAGGGAUGGCCACUUCAUCUCAAGGACUACCAGGGGCCUCAUCUUUACCCUUUCACCUCCAGCAGCACGUCCUCGCCUCUCAGGGUCUGGCUAUGUCUCCUUUUGGAGGGCUUUUCUCCUAUCCUUACACAUAUAUGGCCGCAGCUGCUGCAGCCUCCUCUGCAGUCCACAGACACCCUUUCCUGAAUGCUGUACGCCCCAGGCUGAGGUAUAACCCGUACUCUUUCCCAAUGCCUAUGCCUGAAAGUGGCAGUCUGCUGACCACUGCUCUCCAUACAUUACACAAUGGCACUCUUGAUGGGAAAGCCCCUAGUCUGGUGUCCAGCCCUGCCUCUGCAGCCCUGGACUCUGAAUUAACCAGCAGAUCAUCAACCCUGUCCUCUGGAUCUGUCUCCUUAUCCCCCAAACUGUGUGCAGAAAAGGAGCCCAGCAGUGAACUGCAGAAUAUCCAGCGCCUUGUCAGUGGACUAGAUUCCAAGCAGGACAGAUCAAGAAGCAGCUCCCCCUGACAGGCACAGAGGAGGCUUCUCUGCUCAUUCCAAACUUUUACUCUCAUUGCACUUUGUAUGUUCCAGAAGCAUCCUGUAGUCAGUGUGCUCAUAUGCCCCAUGCACAGCCAACAACACUGAGCAGGCAGGGGCUAGGCUUGUAAGCUGCUACCCAGAUGGUAAUGCCAAUAUCACCACCAUAUACUCUACCACUAUUAAGCCCCCCACAACCAAUGCAUGUGUCUAUCUCUACAGGGAACGAGUAGACUAGAGAACUCCUCACAGAAUAAAACUUGAAGAUGUCAUGUAUGCAUAGAUCUGGUCGUUCUCCAGUCUUUAUUUGUGGUCAUUUACAGAAAGAUAUUUUUUUUUUUGUUAAGUUUUAAUUUUUGCCUGUUUCAGUCACAGAAUAAGCAUUUGCAUGCGAAUAACCAUUUGCUCCAAGUGUUCUGGGAAGAGCCUACUCUCCUGCAAAUAUACAUGUAUAGGUCCCUAUGAUCAGGAGAGGACUGCAAAUAUACAUAUAUAGGUCCCUAUCAUCAGGAGAAAACUGCAAAUAUACAUGUAUAGGUCCCUAUGAUCAGGAGAUGACUGCAAAUAUACAUGUAUAGGUCCCUAUCAUCAGGAGAAAACUGCAAAUAUACAUGUAUAGGUCCCUAUCAUCAGGAGAGGACUGCAAAUAUACAUGUAUAGGUCCCUAUCAUCAGGAGAGGACUGCAAAUAUACAUGUAUAGGUCCCUAUCAUCAGGACAGGACUGCAAAUAUACAUGUAUAGGUCCCUAUCAUCAGGAGAGGACUGCAAAUAUACAUGUAUAGGUCCCUAUCAUCAGGAGAGGACUGCAAAUAUACAUACAUAGGUCCCUAUCAUCAGGAGCGGACUGCAAAUAUACAUGUAUAGGUCCCUAUCAUGAGGACAGGACUGCAAAUAUACAUGUAUAGGUCCCUAUCAUGAGGACAGGACUGCAAAUAUACAUGUAUUGGUCCCUAUCAUCAGGAGAGGACUGCAAUAGGUCCCUGUCAUCAGGAGAGGACUGCAAAUAUACAUGUGUAGGUCCCUAUCAUCAGGAGAGGACUGCAAAUAUACAUGUAUAGGUCCCUAUCAUCAGGAGAGGACUGCAAUAGGUCCCUGUCAUCAGGAGAGGACUGCAAAUGGGGAGGGAAGUGUAAAAAAAAAUAACAGAAAAGUAUUUAUGUAAUUAUUUGAUAUCUCAUGUAAAUAAAUCAGGAGAGAAAUUCUGAUUAUUAAACAUUAAUUUAUUUCAGUUGUACAUAGUAUGUAAAUAAUGCUCGAUUAUUGUCUUUAUUUUCGCGUGUGUUAACCUAUUCGGUGCCAAAAGAAUAGCAUUGAAACAUGCAUGGCACAUGGGGUGGAAACAUACCCUUUUCAAGACUAAACAAAUAAAUCCCGGUAGAAAAUCAUUGAGGGGUAGAGAUACUAAACUCUGCUGGUGUCAUUUCUCUUCACUUAUAUAAGACACACAGCAAGGAACACCCCAAAUCUGACCUCUAAACAUUUCACCAGAAAUGAUUGUGUGCCCCAGUCACCCUCUUCCCCUGCCCUGCUGGUCUAUGUACAUUAUAUCCCCCGAGCUGUGAUGCUGAUAAUAUAUGAAGGUAUAAAUACAGACAUGCAUAUAAAUAUAUAUAUACACACACACACACACACACACACACGAUGUAAUGAAUGUUUCAUAAAUAUUGUUCCCCUUGUAUUUCCUUAUUUUCAAAGUCUCUAACUUUCAAUAAAUUUUUUAUUGAAUUGUA